AUGUCCAUCCUUAAAAUGUUGGAAGGACCGAGACCAGCAGCUGGUCUGCAACACCGAAAUGUACUUACAUUACAAACUGAAAAUGAAAUCUGCGCCCACCUCCGUGCUGCUGAAGGUGAAGGACCCAAACAUGCGCACUAUGGAAGUCGAUUUCAAUCUUCCAAACGAAGCAUAGCCAUCUUUCUUGUUGUUUCUACCUUGACCAGGACCCGAAGGACCAAGUUCUCUGCAGCAACUGAGUGCCCGCCAUAUUUGUUGCAAGUUGUCAGUACCUGCCCCAUCUUUUUAUUUGGUGGAUCUCGACCGCGAUGGAUUUGGAAUCAUGUGGUCUGCACUUUGCGCCUUCAGGUUCUUCACUUUGUGGCUUGCUGAGAUGUUCGGGUCUCAAGCUCAGCGAUUGCAUUGAAAGCGGAGAUGGUGUUGGAUCGAUAUGUAGUGCAAAAAGUGCGCGAUCCGCUCCCACUCUCCUCAAAGGAAUUUAUGAUAUGCGUGUGACUCUUUUUUCUUGAAACCCAAGGGAAAAAAUCGAAAUCCGACG